AUGUCUGACGGAGAUCCAUCUCUGGAAGAGGAUGUGCCAGUGCCUCUACUUGAAAUCGAAGAUAAUGUAUACACACCGAAGAUAACAGCUCCUAUUUUCACGGGUGGAGUUAAACUACAACAUAAGAAGUCUGAUGAAGGGGAAUUUGAAUCAUUUUUAUCUGAUGCCCAACGCAAUGAGCUUGCACUUCAACAACUUCUUGGAAAUGGAAGUGGUGAAGCAGAAUUCCACGAGACGGAGAGAGAGAAGGAGGAGAAGAUUGGGGAGAUCCAGGCAAUGUCUGUACUCAGCACUUAUCGGGACAACCUCUCGCAGGAAAUGAACACGGACCGGGACAACGGUAGCGAAGCGUCAACGCGUGCUGCCGAGGAGUAUGGAUGUGACGAAACAGCCACAAACAUUCGCUCGAACGGCAAUGGCAAAUCAACAGCCAACCAUUGCUCAAUAGUGAUGGGCGGCAUUCUCAAUAAUCCAUCCCUGACGUUCCACGAUGGUGUUCGAACUAUAGACUACGUACUCGUGUGGGAGGCGCACAGCGAAGAUGCCGUUACACCGGAGUCUAUUCGGCAACGUAAGAUCUACGAGGACAACCUUGAGAAAGAAGGACUGCAGUUAGAGAGAGAAGCACCUGAGAACCUAUUUGGACUGAAUUUUGUGAAAAUCCACGCUCCAGUAUCCGUACUAAGAGAUUACAGUGAGAUUUUGAAAUUAAGGAUGCCCAUGAAGGAAUGCCGUAAGCUAAAGAAAUCACGUCGAGCGAAUGCAAUACUGAAUAACGCUGCAAUGUAUUUCUCUCAGUUUUCUACUCUAAAAGACACCCAAGAGAAGACGAAUAGUCUAAUAGACAAGAUGGAUGACUGUUGGGAGCGAAUGAUGUCAAGAAUCAAAGUGGAUACGGAAAUGUUCCCCGAGAGGAAACAUCGUCUAACCGCUAUUUACUCCAAAGAUAAAGAAUAUUUAUUCGAUACGACAGCAGAAUGUUUCUGGACACCAUCCAUUCGCUCGCGAAUAGUGCAGUUCAUUCUGGAUAGGAAGAAAUUUACUACCUCGAAUGACGACUUCGCCUUCGGUAUCGCAAGACUGAUCUCUAAUAAUACUUAUAGCGCUGCUUAUCCACUUCACGAUGGUGAUCUCAAAACGCCAGGUUCCAUGCGACACUUGUUAUAUACCGAGUGGGCAGCAGUCUCCAAGUGCCUCAAGUACCAGCCACUUGAUUAUAUUAAAGAUUAUUUUGGUGUUAAAAUAGGGUUAUACUUCGCGUGGCUAGGUUUCUACACUCACAUGUUGAUUCCCGCGUCGAUAGUGGGCCUCAUAUGUGUUAUAUACUCUGCUGCUACCGUUUAUUCUAAUUUACCCAGCGAAGAAGUAUGCAACUACAAGUCUUCUAUAAAGAUGUGCCCGCAGUGUGACUACUUCUGCGACUACUGGGAUUUGAAUGCAACUUGUCUGCAAUCUCGCAUCACGUACCUAUUCGAUAACCCUACCACUGUGUUCUUUGCCAUAUUCAUGAGCUUCUGGGCUGCAUGUUUCCUGGAACUGUGGAAGCGCUACUCGGCUGAAAUGACGCAUCGUUGGGAUUUAACAGGCUUCGAUGUGUACGAGGAGCAUCCGCGCCCGCAGUACCUGGCGCGCCUGGCACACGUCAAGAGGACACAGCUGAACGUGAUAACAGGCGAGCGCGAGCCGAUGGUCCCGUUCUGGCGCAUGCGGCUCCCCGCCACGCUCAUGUCGUUCAGCCUGGUGUCGCUGCUCGUGCUGCUGGCGCUGGCCACGGUCCUGGGCGUGGUGCUGUACAGGAUGUCGCUCAUCGGGGCCAGCAUGCUGCGGGAAAACGAGAACGUGCUCAUCACGUACAACCCGAUCAUGUUCACGACCGCUACGGCUGCAUGUAUCAACUUGGUGUUUAUCUGCCUGUUUAAUUAUAUAUACCAAUAUCUUGCCGAAUGGCUGACAGAGAAGGAGCUCCUCCGUACACAGACCGAAUUCGAUGAUUCACUCACUCUGAAGAUAUACUUGCUGCAGUUCGUGAAUUAUUACGCGUCUAUAUUCUAUAUUGCGUUCUUCAAGGGCAAGUUUGUGGGCCGGCCGGGAGCCUACGUUAAGUUCUUCGGACAUCGCCAAGAGGAAUGCGCACCGGGCGGAUGUCUGCUGGAGCUUUCGAUCCAGUUGGCUAUCAUCAUGGUGGGCAAGCAGUUCAUUAACACCAUCGUCGAGAUGAUGAUGCCUUAUUUGCUCAAGUGGUGGAAUGUUAUACGAACCAUUGGGAGAAAACAACAAAUAAAGAGCCCACUGCAGUGGGUAAAAGACUUCAAGUUGGUCGACUUUGGUAACAUGGGGUUGUUUCCUGAGUACCUAGAAAUGGUCCUCCAGUACGGGUUCGUGACGAUCUUCGUGGCGGCGUUCCCUUUGGCGCCGCUGUUCGCGCUGAUCAACAACGUGCUGGAGAUGCGGCUGGACGCGCGCAAGUUCCUGGCCUGCUACCGCCGCCCCGUGCCGCAGCGCGUCAACGACAUCGGUGUCUGGUACCGCAUCCUCGACUCCAUCGGCAAGCUCAGCAUCAUCACCAACGGUUUUAUAAUAGCCUUCACGUCGGACUUCAUCCCCCGGCUGGUGUACCAGGCGACGUCAGUGAACGGCACGCUCGCCAACUACGUGAACCACUCACUCGCCGACUUCAACAUAACGGUCAUUAAGAAUCCGCCCCUUCAUACUACAUACAACGAGACUAUGUGCAGCUUCCCCGGCUACUGGUACUACGGUGAUGACAACUACCAACACAGCAACUGGUACUGGCACAUCAUGGGGGCAAGGCUCGCCUUCGUGGUCGUAUUUGAGAACGUGGUGGCGCUAGUGAUGAUAAUCGUCCGUUGGGCCAUUCCGGACAUGUCCGGGGACCUGCGCGACCGCAUCCGUCGCGAGGCGUACAUCAUCAACACGUUUAUCCUGGACGAGACCCGCGGCCGCUUCACCAACCGCGCCGAAGCAGCAGAAACGCCUGAGGCAACUACAGAACCAAACUGGAACCAUAUUGCGUCGCUGUCAGGUUCAGACUUCGACUUGGCCGCGCAUGGUGACCACCUGGACAUAAGCGACAUCGGCAAGCACGUGGUGGGCCAACACGACGAACAACCGCCUCCUGCGCAUGUCUAG